GUGUUGUCGGACCCGUCCAAAAAACUCCCCUCUCUCGCUCUCGGAGUCAAACUGCUGUCUGUCGGUCUGUCUCAGUAAUUUUUAACUCAAUCCACGAAAGAAUAGAGAAAUAGAAAAGAAAAGGCGCGAUGAGAACGAACGACGAGGUUCCACCGACAACAGUAGCACUUCCUUCGUCGACGUUGAAGAAAGAGAACUCCGACGCUCAUCCUGGGUUCUUCGGCAAGACCCGGCCGUACAAGUUCUGGGCUCUGGCCGCCAUUCUUCUCCUCGCUUUCUGGUCCUUGUUCACCUGCUCCGUCACUCUCAAAUGGUCCGCCGGUGAUCUCACCAGCUUCUCCGGCCAUACCCACUCUCACAUCCGCGACGAUCUUGAUAUUCUCGAAGUGGAGGAGAGAGAGAAGGUGGUGAGGCACAUGUGGGAUGUAUACGCUCAAAGCAAGAGUAACAGACUGCCUAAGUUUUGGCAGAAGGCUUUCGAAGCUGCUUACGAGCAUUUGGUUAGUGAUAUUCCCGGCGUCCGAGACUCUGCCGUUUCCGAAAUUGCCAAGAUGUCCAUCAGCUCCAUCACUCUCGACCCGCUUCCUGCUCAAUCCCAGAAACCCUUGGUAAGAUUGGUUGGUGGCUUAUCAUCACCGAUGACGAGAAAAUUGUCGGACAUGGAUGCUAUUAUACUGGUUAUAUUCUUCAGUUGGUUUAACUGCUGCAGUCUCAUUAGAUAUUUUCUGAGUUCUAGUCCAGAAGGAGACGGGACAUGAAAUAUAAUGUAUAACUGAUAAGGAAGUCCUGUAAAUUUUGUGAAGGGGUGCUCUCUAGACUGUCAGAGGAUUGUGUAAAUUUUUUAUGUAGAAUUCUAAUGUUAGCUCAAUCAUGAGCCGAAGAACAGGUUAUUAACACACUGUAUUGCCAUUGUGUUUGUGUUGUUAUGCUGUCCAGAGCACUAGACUUUCAA